GGUCACAUGACCAAAUUGAAGUCGUAUGAUUUGAGUUUUUGUUGUGAGGCUGUUUGUGUCUUCGUCUCUCUGCUCGGACGAGUUCAGGGGAAUCGUCUCUGCGCAGAAUGAACCUCACAGAAGCUCGCUAGUGUUCGUUGUUCUGCACGUGACCCGCACGCCAUGCACGUGCCACGCUCUGCUCACAGACCCACCCGCAGCUGAGCCCCCCCACCCCACUAAAUUCAACUUAGAGCUCCAGUGUCCCCCCUCCCCACCAUCACCAUCAUGGAUCCAGACCCGCAGCCCAGCCCUCUGCUCUCCCAGCCCAGUGCGGAGUACUUCCAAUGGGACCUUCGCCUCCAGCUCAUCGGCCUGGGAUUCAGCUUCUAUGCAGCAGUCUUCCUCCUCUCUCACCUCAUGUCCCUGGCUCUGUCCCACACCUACAAUUCGCUCCCCGCCAAGGAGAAGGUCUUCUGGAACCUGGCAGCCACCCGGGCGGCGUUCGGCAUCCAGAGCACCGUGGCCGGUCUCCGGGCGCUGACUGAGCACUCCAAUUUGACCAGAGACAAAGUGAGAGGACAGGAGGACUGGUCGUGGUUUAACGUCCUCACAGCCACGGGGUUCUUCAUGUUUGAGAAUUUUGCACUACACGCCUCCAGUGUGGCAUUCAGGUCAUUCGACCUCCCACUGGCGACACACCAUUUCUUCGCCCUGUCAGGGUAUGCGGGGGCGGUGGUGUGGGACUCCCUUGGCCACUACCUGCCGAUGGUUACGCUGCUGCUGGAGAUAAGCACGCCGUUCACCUGUAUAUCCUGGAUGUUACUGAAGGCCGGCUGGGCAAGCACCCUGAUCUGGAGAGCUAACCAGUGGGUGAUGAUCCACAUGUUCCACUGUCGCAUGGUGCUCACCUACCACCUCUGGUGGGUAACCUUCACCCACUUGGGGGAGAUGAUCACCCACGUGGCCCUGCCCCAGCUCCUGCUUUUCUUCACUGGACUUGCUCUGCUUACGCUCAUCAUCAACCCCAUCUGGACGCACAAGAAGACCAUGCAGCUGCUCAAGCCUGUGGACUGGAACUUUGAAAACAAGCCAGAUACCUUAAACAGGGAUGCGGACGGCCAGUCUGGGGUUUCCAUCAAACCUCAUGCCAGCUGAAGGCAACUGAGGAGGUCCUUUCUUAUCUGACCGAUGCCAUGUUUGCUUUUACUUGUUAUUCUUUUAUGACGGGUGUUUGAAGUUACUUUUAACAUGAGGAUAGUAAAAUGGAUAUUUUCAAGGCUCAUUAUUUUUAAAACAACACAAUCUAGUUCAUACAACGGCUUUGAAAUCAUUGCGGAUCUUGAGUGUAGCCGAGAGCAAUUCUUACAUUGUGUUGCUUUUGUCUCUCCUCUGAAACCCACCUAGAUAAACAUUGCCUCCCAUCAGGUUUUACUUUCUGACAGUUUUCAUGUAGGUUUUAGUUUUUUUAUAAUCUUAAGAAAAGACAAUUUUUUUUUACAUCUGGUUUGCUCUUCAAAGGUAUGUGUGGUUGUGCAAGGCAGUGGAAUGGGUCCCUGCUUGAAUGUGUCACCUUCAAACACCGGAUUGUUAAAGAUCCAUUCUACCAUUUUAAGAAAAGUUUAUUCACAGGAGGGCAAAUAAGCAAGAUAGCAAAUCUAGCAUAAAAAAUUGAAUCCUGUUUACUCUAAAGAAAAAUCCACCCACAGAGUUAACUGAUUUGACUUAUUGUGCAAAAGAAAUGUUAGUGUUGUCAGACCGUUUGAAGCUACUGUACACUUACAGUUUUUUGCGAUUUACAUCCUGUCGUGUUCGAGGAGGUGUUCCACUGUUAAUCUCUGUGCAGACACAGCUGCUUCUGGUUAGCUGCUGUUUAUAGUUAAGUCCUGUUAGGCUGUCAGUGAAAGACGACCAGUAGUAACACGUCGUCAGCUCGGGGGAGACAUGACAUGAGAGUAGAGGUUAUGCUCCUUCAAAGUAGUCAUCAAACGACUCUGCCAUAAAGUCACGUCAAGAAUGUGGUCUUUGUCUUCCGGGGCUUUUACAACGGAUAUUCAGCUCUUAUUGGGCAGCGUAGGAAAGAAAAUUGAAUUAUGCUUAAAGCAUUAGGUUCUGAAGGUUAUUCAUUAGCGCUAGUGAAUACUAAAUGAAUAAUGGCAUGAGUCCAAUCCUGAUUCUCAUUCAGAGUGAACUAUUUAUCGUGGCCAUGAUAGAAGGUGCCUUUAAUGAAUCUUCUUUACGGUUGGAAAAAAAAUUGGGGCCUGUUCCCUCCACAAAGGCUCUUUUGUUCAGAAUGGAGAUGUAAUGUGACAAAAUGGAAGCAGUAUUGAUGCAGAAUAACCAUGAAAGCAUGCUGGUUCCUGGUUUCACACUGAUAAUAAUUUGAAUUAGAAAUGUUUGGAUAUAGUUUAUGCUUAUUCCAACUCAACCCGCAUCAAUAUUUCAAUACGUGUUUUUGUUUUUCUGCACAAUGUCAUCAUUGUUCUUGGCCUUAAGUGUUUGAUGUGUAUGUCACAGAAAAUUAGCAUUUAAAUGUCAAACUUUCAGAUCUUUCUACCAUCUGUCACAUUUCUCAGUGCAUUGCCUGUAUCUGUAUUGUUACUGUACCUCAUAACUAAUUAUGUUAAUAAGGACUCAUGUAUUUUACACUGUUGGUGACUGAAUUGAGCUCAAUUCAACAAGCUCAAUUAGUAGCAUUUUUGGAAAUAGUGUCAUCAGAUCCGUUAUACACAUGUGAAGUAAUCAUGUGAUCUCUUACCUUAUGUGUGAGCCUAAAAAUGACCAACAGCAUAUAUUCUAUUUACACUCUGCAUUUUCAUUUGUUUUUAUGAGAGCUUAGUUACAGUGUACUGUAUUAUAAUGGGAUGGGUGGGUGGUGGUAUAAGCUCCAUAGCAUUCAACAUCCUGUUUGUGUUUUAGUCUGAGUUGCACACUGUCUACUCUCAAACAGAAUUGUUUCCAUAGGUUUUGGUCAUACUUGAAUGUUUCAUGGUGGUGCAUCUGCCUGUAGGUGGCAGCAUGACAGAAAAUAUGCAUCCUAGGUUUUGGUUUGACCACACAUGAGUUUGACACACUUUUUUUCCACUUCAGGGUUUAUUGACUCCAAAUCAUACAGUGGUUUUAACGGGCUUGUUUUAAAAGUUGUCUUAUUAAAGUAAACUGUUGAAGAUGAGUUAUUUUCCUUUUUUUGGUAACAUUCAAUAAAACCAAGUAAUAUGAGAAAAAA